UUACGUCCGAACUAGCCUGGUUUUUUUUCGUACCGCCACGACACAAUAGUCGUUCACAGUGGCGGUCCUACUCGCUGAACCACUUUUUCGGUGAUGUCAAAUGCCAUCAGUGUCAACACCAACCUGCGUAUGAAUCGCUGAAUUCACAUCUAGUCACCGAGGGCCGACAGGACAGCUAGCUUUGAGCUAACUCUUUUAGCAACGUGAAGCUAGCUACAUCCGGAUAAAGACAUUGGAUUGUCCCUCUUGACGUUCCGUACGUUAUUGUGGUUUGUGGUGGUAGGAUUUCAUGUUAUCUAGCUAGCAUGCUAUCUGUCUACAGAUAACCAUAACAUAUGUUUCAUAACAUCGAACUUUAAGUGUUGUUUUUAUCGAGUUAGUACAUGAAGGAACGUAAUAUGAUACACGAAAUAUGUAUGAUGCUGGAGAUCACUGUACUUUAAACUGAUGGCGUAGUCGGCAAAAGCUAGAGUGGAUAAGAAGAAGAAAGGUGCCCAAUGGAAGUCUUUAUUAUUAUGAGCAGCUUCUGCAGGCAGAGAGUUGUUGAUGGAUGAUGUCUCUGAUCCUGUUCGCCUUCGUGGUGCGGGUCAGGGACGGACUCCCUCUGUCAGCGUCCACUGACUUUGAGCACAAUCGUGAGCUGCAGGAGAGGAAGCAGCAGCUGAGGACCAUCAGCAAGAUGCUGGCCUUCUUCCCAGAAAGAGCCACCGUCAAGGGCCAGGAGCUCAACAUAUACUUGGUGUCCUCAGAGGGUGUGUCCUACAUGAGCGUGUGUCACCGCAGCAUCCCCGUCACCAAGGCCUUCUGCUUUCUGGAAGACCUUCGCUGGGAGUUCGCAGCGUGCUACAAGCACACUGUGGUGUCCCUGGCAGACCGACCCUAUCCUUUUUUACACUUUGACAGUACCAUCCAGAAGCUGAAGCAGCAGUACAACCAGAAAGGCGGUCCGGCCCUGGAGGUGACUUUGGCCGAGGUUCAGGAGGACUUGAGGCUCCGCCCACCACAGAUUCUCACCCUGGAGGAGGUGGCGCUCACCAACGGCUCUGCAAAUGGACACGUGGAGCAAGGCCCCGGUUCUGGCCAGAACGUCAAACUGGAGCCGGUGACAACACCUGGCAUCCUCUCUCUGGUCCUCAAUAUCAUGUGUGCAUCCUUGAAUGUCAUCCGCGGCGUGCACCUCAUAGAAUACACAUUCCAGGAUGAUUAUGACAGCCUGUGGAGCGUGGCGGCUUUCCUCCUGGCGUUCCUCUGCGGCGUCUUCCAGUGUCACCUGUACCUCUUCCAUUCCCGCCUAAAGACAGUCAAGUCCGUCCUUCUGCUGACUGCCAUCGUCUUAUGCAACGUCUUCCUGCUGGGCCUGAGGAACGCCUGGCAGAUUGUGUUCCACGUCGCCGUAGCCUCGCUGUCCACCGUCCUCAUCGUCAAGCGCAGAGUCCAGGACAGGAGCAACGACUGCGGGGUGUGAUGCACGCACACAUGAACGCAUGAACACUCUUGGCUAACGUCUGCUCUCGCACUGCGGUUAGACCUGGAGGACUCGAUGGAUGCAUCUAGAGGACUUUUUUCCAUGUCAAAGAAAAGCAGAUUAUUUUUUUAUGAUGUACAUUUGGCUCAGGUCGACGCAUGAAAUGAGCACAUAAUGCAUCAGUAGGGUCCAGUGGUUCCCACAGGACUGCAAUCUAUUCGUGGCGGUGAUGAUGCAAUGACAUGAUCAUCAAAUUUGCAUAAUUGGCAUAGUCGCUUCUUUUUGGGGAGGGGGGGGGUUUGUAUGUCACAAACAAGACGGAGCCGCCUGUGAGUGCUUUCAGAUGGGGAAGGGGCCCCACAGUGGCACCUGAUGCUCGCUGAGAAGAGCCAUACGUGCUUUUGCCAAAAAGUCUCUUCACUAGAUUUGUUGGUAGUCACUUUUUUUGAAAAGGGGUCUGGGUCUGAAUACUGGCUAAAUAUCAAGAGAAAGCCAAUAAAUUGGCAACACCGACCCCUCCUGCUAUAUCCUCUUUUUCCCUGGCAGACCAGGUGCGUUUUUGGGCAGACCGGGAGUGCCAAAUCUAUCUGUGGUGGUCUGGACACUGGAGUACGCAAGUGUACGCCUAAAUGCUGCUUUGAGGCCUUUAUGGGGGACAAAAAGACAAAUGAAGUUGAGCUAUUUUGUCUGUCUGAUCCUUGAAGGGCUUUUAUUUUAUGCUUUUUUUGCUUCAGGGAGAUUUUUCCAUAAUUUCAGUAUUUUUGUGGUAAAAAAGAAAAAAAAAGCCCGGGUAAUAAUAAUAAUAUCAAAGCACUGAUUUGAAGGUUGGAAUAAUAUGUCGUUUUUGCUAUUUAAUGUGCUGCUUAUCAGGGUCAGCUUCCAAAUAUUUAUUACAAUAUGAAUGUUUCCUUUUCUAGUUAAGUGAAUGAGGUUCAUUUAUUGAUGUGUUAGUAGUAUUGUUCCCAAGCCGUCCUUGCCUUUGAGCGCUGGCAGGUGUUUUGGUGAAAUUGCAGUAGUUUUGAUACAAGCAGGAAGACUUUGUGGAUUAUUUUACAACACAGCAAAGUGUUUGUUGGCGUUGAUAUUUUAAAGUUGAGGUUACUUCGUGUUCAAAUGAAUCAUAAUUAAGAUUAUUGUGAAGGAGGAAACAGUAAAGUUUCCGUUUUAAACCUUUUAAUUUCAAUUUAGUUGCAUUUUUUUUACAUUUGAAAAAGAGGAAGUAAUUUGACAUAAUCACAGUAACUGCGAAAUACACAUCUUAUUUCAAGGGUUUAUCUUUUUGAUUAUUCUACUGACAUUUCAUCAAUAAAUGGUCUAUUUUCACCCCACACUUGUCUUUU